AUGGACCUGGUCCACCAGUACCAAGUAUCCACGGACCUGGUCCACCAGUACCAAGUAGCCCGGGACCUGGUCCACCAGUACCAAGUAUCCAUGGACCUGGUCCACCAGUACCAAGUAUCCACGGACAUGGUCCACCAGUACCAAGUAGCCCGGGACCUGGUCCACCAGUACCAAGUAGCCCGGGACCUGGUCCACCAGUACCAAGUAGCCCGGGACCUGGUCCACCAGUACCAAGUAGCCCGGGACCUGGUCCACCAGUACCAAGUAGCCCGGGACCUGGUCCACCAGUACCAAGUAGCCACGGACCUGGUCCACCAGUACCAAGUUGCCACGGACCUGGUCCACCAGUACCAAGUAACCACGGACCUGGUCCACCAGUACCAAGUAUCCAUGGACCUGGUCCACCAGUACCAAGUAGCCACGGACCUGGUCCACCAGUACCAAGUAGCCCGGGACCUGGUCCACCAGUACCAAGUAGCCCGGGACCUGGUCCACCAGUACCAAGUAGCCCGGGACCUGGUCCACCAGUACCAAGUAGCCAUGGACCUGGUCCACCAGUACCAAGUAGCCCGGGACCUGAUCCACCAGUACCAAGUAUCCAUGGACCUGGUCCACCAGUACCAAGUAUCCAUGGACCUGGUCCACCAGUACCAAGUAGCCCGGGACCUGGUCCACCAGUACCAAGUAGCCCGGGACCUGGUCCACCAGUACCAAGUAUCCAUGGACCUGGUCCACCAGUACCAAGUAACCAUGGACCUGGUCCACCAGUACCAAGUAUCCAUGGACCUGGUCCACCAGUACCAAGUAUCCAUGGACCUGGUCCACCAGUACCAAGUAGCCAUGGACCUGGUCCACCAGUACCAAGUAACCCGGGACCUGGUCCACCAGUACCAAGUAUCCAUGGACCUGGUCCACCAGUACCAAGUAUCCACGGACCUGGUCCACCAGUACCAAGUAACCAUGGACGUGGUCCACCAGUACCAAGUAACCCGGGACCUGGUCCACCAGUACCAAGUAACCAUGGACCUGGUCCACCAGUACCAAGUAUCCACGGACCUGGUCCACCAGUACCAAGUAACCAUGGACCUGGUCCACCAGUACCAAGUAACCCGGGACCUGGUCCACCAGUACCAAGUAACCCGGGACCUGGUCCACCAGUACCAAGUAGCCCGGGACCUGGUCCACCAGUACCAAGUAGCCAUGGACCUGGUCCACCAGUACCAAGUAGCCCGGGACCUGGUCCACCAGUACCAAGUAGCCACGGACCUGGUCCACCAGUACCAAGUAGCCAUGGACCUGGUCCACCAGUACCAAGUAGCCCGGGACCUGGUCCACCAGUACCAAGUAACCAUGGACCUGGUCCACCAGUACCAAGUAGCCCGGGACCUGGUCCACCAGUACUAA